CUUACAUUGACUUCGGACAUUUUCGAGUUGAGCAACGAUUUUCUCAAAUUCAUUUAGUAUGAUUAAAAAACAUGGCGUCGACACUACCAAGUCCGACAAAGGUUUCUGGCAAACACAAUCCAAUAUAUGAAGCAUAUUAUAAACAAGUUGAUCCAAAAGGCACUGGUGCUAUCGAAGCAUUGGCAGCUGCCAAAUUCUUGAAAAAAUCUGGCUUGAGCGAUGUUGUUUUGAGUCGAAUAUGGGAUCUCUCUGAUCCGACGGGUAAAGGCUACCUGGACAAGGCUGGUCUGUUCGUUGCUUUGAAACUGGUUGCACUGGCACAAACAGGCGAUACAAUAAAUAUGACGAAUAUAUUCAACGAACCACCAAAUCCACCAAAAGUCGGUGAAAUACCGAAAAUUGUGACACCGAAAAUCCAGUCAGUACCUUCAACCAACGACGACUGGAGCAUAAAACCAGUCGACAAACUGAAGUAUGAAGAAUUGUUUGAAUCUCUUCAACCAAGCAAUGGAUUAUUACCAGGAAAUAAAGUGCGUAGUGUGUUGAUGGACUCAAAGCUACCGCUGGACGCACUUAGUAAAAUAUGGGAUUUGGCCGAUCAGGAUCGAGAUGGAAGUUUAGAUAAACAUGAAUUCAUUGUUGCCAUGCAUUUAGUUUACCUUGCACUUGAUAAGCGUGCGAUACCACAAACGUUGCCAGUGGAGCUACAGCAAAGAUCAGUCGGAAAGGUUGGCGCUCCCAGCAGCGAUAAUUUCGUUGCAAAUUUCGAUGUUGCUAACAUUGGACCACCGCCAGUACCACCGUUACCAGCCAUGUUAAGCAAUGUGCCCCCAGCAAUACCACCGAUGCCACAACAAAUAUCAGGUCGUCAGAAUAGUGUGCCAUCAUUAUUGGGUUCACCACCAUUAUCCUCGUCGUUGUUGCCAUCGUCAGUUGAUUGGGUUGUGACACCGGCUGACCGAGCACGUUAUGAUAUCAUAUUUGCAAAAAGUGAUCUAGACAAAGAUGGUUUGGUAUCGGGUGGCGAAAUAAAGGGAGUAUUCAUGCAAUCGGGCAUUCCACAAAUGUGCUUAGCGCAAAUUUGGGCACUAUGUGACACAAAUCAGUCGGGGAAAUUAACUUCCGAACAAUUUGCUAUGGCAAUGUGGUUUGUCGAACGCAAGAAGAAUGGCUUCGAACCACCCAACGUUCUCGCUCCGAACAUGAUUCCGCCGAGUUUACGUGAAGCUUCAAACAUUGGUAACCUAAUUGGUGAUACAAUGCCAGUGGGUAAUAUUGCUCCAAUACAGCAGCCACCACCAAUCGAACCACAACGACAAGUAUACACAAAUCCAGAAUUGGAAAUGAUUUCAAAGGAGAUCGAAGAAUUAGCCAAAGAACGACGUCAGUUAGAAAGCGAGCUAGUUCAAAAGGAAGCUGACAUCCGUAUUAAAAAUGGGGAAGUACGCAAUUUGCAAAGUGAACUUGAUACAUUGAUCGCAACACUAAAACAACUGGAAAAUCAAAAAGGAGAAGCACAAAAACGACUGAAUGACCUUAAAGCGCAGACAGAUGAAAUUGAUGAAAGUAUUUUUAUAGUCAAUAGCAAUAUUGACGAUACAAGAGACAAGGUUGCAAAAAUACGUGAACAAUGUCAAAAACAAGAAGAAACGAUUCGAGAACAAGAAACGGAAUUGGACUCAAAACGGGGUGAACUACAGAAGUUGAAAGAUGAAGAAUCAUCUUUAGAACGAGAUUAUGAAGAGAAUAAGCAAAAACUGGACAAGUUAUCCAAGACUUUACAGGAGACACAGUUGCAAAUAUGCCAGAUAAAGGCUUUGGUCAUGCAAUUGGAAGAAAGCCAAAGACAAUUAAACGAUGCACUUGUUGUUUGUAAAUCGGCAAUUGAAGCAAACGAUCCUAGUCAAGCUUCAUACUUUUCCUUGAAAAUUGAGCCAGAUUUCCGAGAAGCUAAGAAAGCUUUAGAAGCAAAACCGGAACCGACUGCAGACCCAUUCAAUGAUAAGGCCCACAGUUUUAGCAAUGGAACAGAUAACGAGUUCAGAACGAAUCAAUUCGCCACAACAUUUGAUGAAAAUAGCAGUGGUUUCAGCGGCUUUGAUGAUGGGUUCGGAAGUAGUUUUGUUCAAAAAUCCAACGAUCCAUUCACUGCAAACUCUACACAAGAUCCAUUUGGCGACAAGAAAGGUGUAAAUACAGUAGCACAAGAUCCGAAUAAAGAUGACUUCGGAAGCGAUCCAUUUGCUAUAUUGCAUGCGCCCACUUCAGCUUCACAAAUUCCAAGUCCAGGCUCAAAUUUGGGAAUGAAAACUGUUGCACCACCACGACCAGAGUCUCCAAGUCCAGCAUUACCACCUAAGAAAGCAAAACCGCCACGACCAGCACCUCCACGGCCAGCACCAAUGCAGGGCCCAACGAUAGGCAAACAAGAUGCUUCAGGAUUCGGAAACAGUGGAAGCGGCUUUGCUAAUUUUGCUGACUUCGACAAUAAGAAGAUCUAAGCAAAAAAACUCUUUCAAAGAAAGCAUCGGAUCAGAUUAAUGCUAACGUUUCAAUAGGAAGUGGUGAAUUUGACCGGACUGAAACAAUUAAUGGUAAUGGUGGUGAUUCGAACAACAAAAACGCGGCUGUAGAUAAUUUUGCCAAUUUUGACGCAUUUUCAUCGUUGACAAAUGACUCAGAUCACUUCGCAAACAUUGAAUUUUCAAGUACUCAAAUAAAAAAUCUAUGAACCAAUAAA